AUGCAAUCCAACAACGUGUUCAAAAUUGUUUUUAUCUGUUGUCUCCUCCUGAUCUCCACCGUCAAUUCCACUCCCACGGGACGCAAAUGUGGCCGGCAACUGCUCAACUAUAUAUGGAGCAUUUGUGCUGAAUCAUGUGCAAACGGAGAUGAAAUCCAUACACUGUGCAUUGACGGAUCUCGUUAUACGGAUAGUGAUGUCAAAGCACUGUGUUGCCCAUAA